AUGGGGAUGAUUGAUGCCAGGGGCAGUUUCCUCCACUUCAAUGACUUUAAAGAAAUUCAAAAGUGGAAUGUGAUGCAAGCAAUUGUCAGAAAUAUUCAAAAGAAUUUAACACCAUUCCGGGACGAAAAUCUAUCCGGGAUUGAAAAAUUGCACCGCGAUGAAGCGCUGCUCGAAUUUAACCAGCAGGCCGCUAAUCAAUUUGAUGCCAGAAUUAAAGAGGAGGGACGAAAUUUGAUCCGCAACAUAAAGGCACUUAUAAAUAAUGCCGUGGAAGACUUUGGUCAACAAGUCAAAUUCAACUCAACUCAAACUAACCAGCUUGAACAACUAGUAAAUUCAUUUAAUGAAGCAAUCAAAGGAGGCCAGAGCACGGUAAAUUAUCAAAACCCAGGUUUUAAAAGAAGUUUAAAAGAAAAUUCUGGAUGUCACUUGACUACAUUGGCCACAGAGGGUAACGUGGUGAACUACGAUGUUGUUGCCAGUUUAAUUGUUGUAAAACUUCACGGUAUUAAAAGAACAAUCAAAAACGCUCUUAAUAAUUUGGCAGAUGUUGUCUCGGUCAGAUCCGAUGCUACUCGGAAGGUUCUCGAAGAGUUGGCUUCAGAGAUUAAUGAUUUUAAUCUAAUUGAGAAAUACUUUCGGCUAGAGAUGUGCAAAAUUCUAAGUCAAAACAUGGAAGAAUGGCAUUCUGUGCAAAAGAAAAACUCAAAGCUCUCCAAACAAGUUUCACAACCUCUUAGACGACGUUUACAAUUAUUUGCAAGAAAGCUGGGUGAACGAGUACGGCACGACCCAUUAGGCGCAUACACAAAGUUCGGUAAAAAGGAUCAUAACACCGUUUGCGAACAUCUCACUAACCUCGAAAUACUUACUCGGAGAGUCUUUCAAGAAGAGUGCAAGACUAAAAUCACUACAUUAGUGGAUGGCAAGUUUAGAGAAAGUAAGCAAACAAUAAACGAAAUCGAAACGCGCCUCACUUCGGAAAUUGUCAGCGUAUGGAGUCUCGGUCAAAAGUCUACUAUUAAAGUUAUGUUCGAAAAAUCUCGAGAUAAUACCGCGUACAAUUAUGUCAAAAUAUAA